UCUCUCUCCAAUCUCUCUCUCUCUCUCACACACAGCUCCUGUAGAACCCCUACUCUGUAAGUUUGCAGAUGGAGGACAGAAGAAGAGGCUGAACCAGAACAAGUACCCCCACAACGGACAACCAUGGACCAGAGAUGGAGAGAGUGGCAUGACGUUGACAUAUGACCCCACUGCAAUGCAUAAUGGGUUCUACUCCUCUCCAUACAUCUCCACCAAUAGGAUGAUAGCACAGACAUCCAUCACUCCCUUCGUCGCUGCCUCACCCGUCUCCACGUACCAGGUCCAGAAUACAUCCUGGAUGCCUCAUCAACAGUAUGUUAUGCAACCUACCGGUGCUGUGAUAACCCCAGCUAUGGACCUCUCCAUGCCCAUGCAGCCCUCCAGUAUGAUGGGUGCUAUAACACAGCAGAUGAACCACAUGUCCCUGGGAAACACAGGAACCCAGUACAUGUCUGCAGCAGCUGCUCCAAUGCAAGGAGCCUACAUUCCUCAGUACCCUGCAGUGCCUGCCUCCGCCCUCACAGUGGACGCAGUGGUGACAGAGGACUCGCCCCAGACUGUACCCCCCUCCUCACAGGACCCUAAUGGACAGCCACCCCUGGACAGCGACUCAGCUGCCUACUCCUACCAACAGACUAAAUAACAGGAGGAUGACGAGUGAAGUGUUUCCAGUAACUGCAUUGCCUUGAGACAGCGGCUGCACUGAAGCACUGGAGGGAUGGAGGGAGGAAAAAUACUGGAUGACAAAAAGGAGGACAAAGAUAGAUCGUUUUAUCUUUGCACAGGCAUCAAAAAUAGACUUUGUUUUAUCUGUCCAGAGAGAGAGAGAGAGAGACAGAGAGAGACAGAGAGAGACAGAGAGAGAAUGAGAGAGAGAAAGAGGUUGAGAUUGUGAUUGAGAUGCAGAUAAAGUCUCAGAAGAUGGAGAGGUGCAAUAUGGGACAUUGAGUUUAUUGAGCGGGCCAGCAUGAAACUGGAGUCAUCCUUCGAAAAAAGAACAAAGUGAAAAACAUAUUUAAAAAAAUAAAAAAAUUAAAAAAUGAACUUAAAAAGGAACAAACGGACAUAAAUCCAUGUGAAUGUGCAGGUUGGUUUUCAGAUCAUGACAGUUUUUUUAAUAGGAAAGUUUUAGAGAAAAAACAAACAAAUUAAACGGGUUGUCUUCCUUUGAUAUUAAGCUACUAUAUUUUUUAUUAUUUUCAUGAUUUAAAAUGUAGUUUUCUA